CAGCGCAGGCGAGGCCGGGGCGAUGCCGUCGGACCUGGCCAAGAAGAAGGCGGCCAAGAAGAAGGAGGCGGCCAAGGCUCGCCAGCGGCCCAAGAAGACCCCCGAGGAGAACGGCGACGCCGGCGGCACGGAGCACGAUGACGCCGAGGAACUCCAGGGACGCGAGGAGGCCAACGGCACCGGGCAGGCAGACAUGGAUGCCAUCACAAAGGCCAUGGAGGAGUUUGAGCUGAAGAAGGCGGCUGCCCGUGCCGUCACGGGGGUCCUCGCGUCCCACCCCAACAGCACCGACGUCCACAUCAUCAACCUCUCCCUCACCUUCCACGGGCAGGAACUGCUGAGCGAUACCAAGCUGGAGCUCAACUCUGGGCGGCGCUAUGGCCUCAUCGGCCUGAACGGCACUGGCAAGUCCAUGCUGCUGUCGGCCAUUGGGAAGCGGGAGGUGCCCAUCCCAGAGCACAUUGACAUCUAUCACUUGACCCGCGAGAUGCCCCCCAGUGAGAAGACCCCCCUGCAGUGCGUGAUGGAGGUGGACACAGAAAGAGCCAUGCUGGAGCGCGAAGCAGAACGACUCGCUCACGAGGAUGCGGAAUGCGAGAAGCUGAUGGAGCUGUACGAGCGGCUGGAGGAGCUGGAUGCCGACAAGGCAGAGAUGCGGGCGUCCCGCAUCCUGCAUGGCCUGGGCUUCACCCCCAUCAUGCAGCGGAAGAAGCUGAAGGACUUCAGCGGCGGCUGGCGGAUGAGGGUGGCUCUCGCCAGGGCUUUGUUCAUCCGGCCCUUCAUGCUGCUCCUGGACGAGCCCACCAACCACCUGGACUUGGACGCUUGCGUGUGGCUGGAAGAAGAGCUGAAGACGUUCAAGCGCAUCCUCGUGUUGAUCUCGCACUCCCAGGACUUCCUGAAUGGCGUCUGCACCAACAUCAUCCACAUGCACAACCGCAAGCUCAAGUACUACACAGGUAACUAUGACCAGUACGUCAAGACCCGUCUAGAGCUGGAGGAGAACCAGAUGAAGCGCUUCCAUUGGGAACAGGACCAGAUCUCCCACAUGAAGAACUACAUUGCACGCUUUGGGCACGGCAGUGCCAAGCUAGCUCGCCAGGCGCAAAGCAAGGAAAAGACCCUCCAGAAGAUGAUGGCCUCUGGGCUGACUGAGCGGGUGAUCAACGACAAGACACUCUCCUUCUAUUUCCCAUCAUGUGGGAAGAUUCCUCCCCCUGUCAUCAUGGUCCAGAAUGUGAGCUUCAGAUACAGCAAGGACGGGCCCUGGAUUUACACCAGCCUGGAGUUCGGCAUUGACCUGGACACCCGUGUCGCUCUCGUGGGGCCCAACGGGGCUGGGAAGUCGACACUGCUGAAACUCCUCACGGGGGAGCUGCUGCCCAGCGACGGGAUGAUCCGCAAACACUCACACGUCAAGAUUGGCAGAUAUCACCAGCACUUGCAAGAGCAGCUGGACCUCGACCUCUCGCCGCUGGAGUACAUGAUGAAGUGCUACCCAGAGAUCAAAGAGAAGGAGGAGAUGCGCAAGAUCAUUGGCCGCUACGGGCUGACCGGGAAGCAGCAGGUGAGCCCGAUCCGGAACUUGUCAGAUGGGCAGAAGUGCCGCGUGUGUUUCGCCUGGCUGGCCUGGCAGAACCCCCACAUGCUGUUCUUGGAUGAGCCGACCAACCACCUGGACAUUGAGACCAUCGAUGCUCUGGCCGACGCCAUCAACGACUUCGAGGGGGGCAUGAUGCUGGUCAGCCACGACUUCCGGCUCAUCCAGCAGGUUGCCCAGGAGAUCUGGGUGUGUGAGAAGCGGACAAUCACCAAGUGGGCCGGCGACAUUCUUUCGUACAAGGAACAUCUCAAGUCCAAGUUGGUCGACGAGGAGCCCCAAGUCACCAAGAAGACCUACAACGUGUGAGAGCCGCCAGGGGGAACGGGGCAGUCAGCUGGGUCUUUCCCCAGAGACUGGUGCCAGCCCCUCGCCCCUGCCCCAAGGAAUGAAAGAUGGGACUGCUGCUGCUCGUCCUGCCGUGUUCUGUUCCGGUCCUCCUGCAACUUCUUCCUCUCUUCUCCACGCUCUUCCCUCUGCUUCCCCAACUGUAUGGCCCUCCUGGCUCUCCGUCUUGACUGCGGCCCACUCCUCUCCUCUGCCUGUGGACAGCGUGUCUCCAUCCCUCUGUGCGCGGGGGUGGGGCGGGGCGUGGCGUGGCGUGACAUGUUGCUGCACAGUGGGUGAGGAGGGACUGACUCUGCUUCAGUUUCCAGACUUCACUCCAACCUCCUUUGGCCUCUGUUUGUUUUUAACGAUUAUUUAUCAGUGUAAUUGCCAGACCUGCCUGAGAAGUAUCAGUCAAUAAAGAGGAGGAGAAGUUUC